AUGACUUCGAUUCGGAAUCCACCCAGAUGCUUUUUCCCAGCGCUGGCUUCCUUCAAGAAGCCUACCUCUAAUGUCCAGGCAGUACAAAACACAUACGGAAGUACAUCACGGCGUUUAGAAAGCCUCGGACACCGCGCCCUAUCUCAGUGGUUUGAGGCUGAAGGAACGGAUGCAAUGCCGCUUCUACGAGCGGCAUGGGCGGUGGCCCUACGGGCCUAUACGGGGGCCGACCAUGUCUGCUUCCAUGUUCACGGUCAGGAGGAUAGGCCGUACGAGGCUCAUAUAACUGGUUCAGCGGUGGUCCGUCGGCUUCUGCGCAAUGAGAGCGACGCGGUCGGUGGGUGUACGUGUAGAGGUAUAGAGACAAAUGCGGGGGUAUGGGAACAAGUUUCCAACACCUGUGUUUUCAUUGCUCGAGACGCGGUUCAGACGAGCAAUAUUUUGCGGGAGGAACGUUACAGCCACGCGCUGCUAUCGGAUGAACAAGGCCGCGCUGUAGCGAACACCCUGCACCAAACCAUACUUGAGAUCAUUCGCAAAACAGGAGAAACCGUGGACGACAUGGACGUCUGUAGCGACGAGGAUAUCCGUCGAAUGUGCAGCUGGAAUGCUCCUUUUGGGAUGCAGUUGAUGCAGGAACAAUGUGCCUAUAAUAUCAUCGCGCAGCGAUGUUCUGCAACCCCGGAUGCCACCGCAAUCUCCGCAUGGGACGGAGAGAUGACAUUCGGCGAGCUGGACCGGCGAUCGUCCCUCCUGGCUCUGCGUCUACUCGAGCUGGGAGUUGGGCCUGAGGAGGUUGUUCCAGUCUACUUCGAAAAGUCCAAAUGGGCUGUCGUGGCCAUUGUUGCUGUGGUCAAGACAGGAGGAGCUUUUGUUCUCAUGGAUGCUAACUUCUCCAUGAAGACCCUACAUCUGGUAUGCCACAAAGUGGACGCGCACGUUAUAGUCUCUUCUCGGGAAUGUCAACCCACAGCUCAGGGACUAGUCGAGCAGGUGGUUUGUCUCGAUUCCAGUUGGGCCGAUCCGGAAUCACUUCCCCGGUUACCCCAGCCGCGAUGCACGCCGUCCAGUGCGCUGUACGCAGCAUUUACUUCAGGUAGUACCAAGGGACCCAAGUGUGUCAUCAUGGAGAACCGUGCCUGUUGCGAAACAACUUUGAAGACGGCCCCCGCUCUCGGCCUGAGUGGGAAGACGCGACGCUUGCAGUUCUCUUCAUACGCCUUCACCAUGAGUGUUCGAGAAAUACUAUCGAUGCUGUUCCUGGGCGGAUGCCUUUGCAUCCCUUCCGAAAGAGACCGUAUCAACGAUAUUGCCGGCUUUAUCAAUCGUCACCGGGUUACGUUCGCCAAUUUCUGCCCCUCCAUCUCAAGAAUCCCAAGCCCUGACUCGGUGCCAAGUCUACGGACACUGAUGGUUGGGGGUGAGUCCCCGGAUCCUCGGUUCAUUAAACUCUGGGCCUCCAAGGUCCGGCUGAUUCUAGGCUUUGGAGCGACGGAGACAGCAGGGAUUACCCUAAUGGUCGGGAACUGCCUUCCGGGCCACGAUCCUCGCAAUCUCGGCAAGGCGUGCGACUCUCGUCUUUGGGUGGUUAAUAUGGACAACCAUGACAGAUUGGUGCCCGUUGGCGCUGUUGGGGAGCUAGUGCUUCAGGGGACAGGUCUUGGCCGGCACUACCUGAAGAAUUCGCAAGACACUGCCUCCCAGUUUCCAGAUGCGCUUGAAUGGCAGAGUCGCCUCGUCGAUGGCCCAACUCCCGACUGCGGCCGUCUCUACAAGACGGGUGACCUCGUCAGGUACACCUCUGAUGGAUCGCUUAUAUACGUUGGACGGAAGGCUCAGGUUGUCAAAGCCAAUGGCCAAUUGAUUGACGUCCAUGAGAUAGAGAACUGCCUUAAAAGCUGUCGUGAGGCCCAGAAGCUCCAGAUAUCGUGUGUGGCCGUCAUCCCGGCCAAAUCCAGCAUGGAUGGGCAUUGCACUACCAAACUGGUUGCGUUUAUUGGAGGCAGCAGACUUUCGCGGGAUCGCUCGAUUUUGGUGGAUCGGGAUGGAGCGUUGGAGGUUCCUAGAGACAAAUGUUGGCAAACCGUCUCCACUAUUAGACAAGAACUCAGUAUGAAGCUACCACCGAAUCUCGUUCCCGCGAAUUUUAUCUUUAUGCAGGAUCUUCCCCGGAAAUUAUCAGGCAAGGUGGAUCGCAAUGCAUUGCUAGAAAGGGCACCAAGAUGUCACACCGCACAUGAGCACUGGAAGAAGUACAACCCUGAGCAGCAAAGCCAGUCACUACACCAUAUCUCGGUCAAGGCCGACGUUACAAUCUGCUCCCCGGGAAAAGCUCGCCAGCUGAACACGAUGAAAUGCAUUGUUGCAGAUCUACUGGGGCUUGAGCCUGGAAACAUCCAUCCGAGCACGAAUAUCUUCGCCGCGGGGAUAGACUCCAUGAAGGCAAUGGAUGUGGUGGCAGCAGCCCGACGCGAAGGGGUCAGGAUUACGAUCACCAACCUUUAUGAUCACCCUGUUCUUUCCGAUCUUGUCGCGGUCUGCCACGAGCCUACCCCAGCCCGGAAGCUUGUCCGGAGACAAGAAAACGCACCGGACGCUCGUGAACAUACAACAGCCCAUGAGGAGUUGUGCAUGGUAUUACCUCCUCACAUAUCAGAGAAUGUGCAUGAAAUUGUCCACACGACGGCAUUUCAAAGCUGGAGUCUUCACAAUAUGAACUACCGAUAUCUUAGCAUCCCGCUCUUGAAGGCCUGUCAAGCACUGGUAGAUCAGCACUCCAGUCUGCGCACAGUCUUUCUCACCUUGACCAAAAAUGGCCGCCAGGAGAUCGUACAAGUUGUGCUCAAACGCAUGAGUGUUGGAUUCCAGUACCUGUCUGCCGACAGUCUCGACCAGCAUUGCCGCGACGACUCGGCGGGUCUGGCUACUCCGCCUACCAACGGCUUGCCCCUGUUGCAGGUGCAGAUAGUGGCACUACCAGAUGGUACAAAUACCCUUCUUAUUCGGCAUGUGCAUGCUCAGAUGGACGGCCUCUCCUGGGCGAUUAUCUCCCAAGAUUUAUCUGCUUCAUACAAUGGCCAGUCACUCGCUCCUACGACUCCAUUCUCAGUGCAUGCCCGUGUCGCACGGCACAGCAGCGGGCCUGAAGCGUACAGGAUCUGGAGAAAGCUGUUAGCAGACUCAUCAAUGACAAGGUUGGAUAGUCAGUCGUCAAACAUUGCUAAGGUCACACCGCGCCCACCGACCGCGGAACAAGGCACAGUAGACUCUCCUCGACUAAUAACAUCAAGCAAGCAGGUAGCCCAUGUUAAGCUUCCUGCGGAAUUCACCCUGGCAACAAUCGUGAAAGCGGCUUGGGCAUUAACUCUGGCGCGUAUUUUUCCAGACGCCGCGCCGCGUGAUAUUGUGUUUGGUCAAGUCGUUAAUGGCCGGCUGCUGGGAAUCCCGCAUGAAGAUCGCAUAGUUGGACCGUGCUUGAAUAUCAUCCCCGUGCGUGUCCGUGUGUGUGGGACACUGACAAAACGGGCCCUUCUUAGCCAGGUCCAGCAACAGCACCGGGAUACGAUCGAGUGCUGGAAUACUGAAUAUGAUCAGAUCGUGCGUAACUGCACGUCAUGGCCACCGGGUACGCGAUUUGGGAGCUUUGUCCGGUGUCAGAACUUCGAUACGCAUCCGAUCUGUCGUCUGGGAGAUACUCCUUGUCAGAUGCAACAGAUUACGACUCCGAAUCAGCCGUGUGAGACCGCAAACGUCUGUGUGGCUCCCUUCGCCUCUAUACUGGAUGUUUCAAUCGCUGUGUCCAGUCAUGUCAUGUGUCAGAAAGAGGCAGACUCGACCGUCGGAAUUUUAUGCGAUAUGAUCAUGGAUUUACUCACUGGCGUCGUUAAGGAAUAA